AAAGUUUGUUAUCUGAAAUACAGAUGUACGUAAUAUGAAGUUAAUAAUUAUCUAAGAUUAUUUGUAUCUAGUUAACAAUUAACUUCAUAUUAUGUACAUCCGUAUUUCAGAUAAUAAACUUUUAUUAUCUGCUUUAUUAUCUGCACCUGUUCCAUAUAGGCUGAUGGCAGACAACUAUCCGUAAGCGCUUAAGACUGACGUAGCCGUAGACUUAAGGUAAAGCAGAGAAAAACAUAAGCCGUAAGGAACAUGUGUUCUACGGCUUACGUUUUUCUCUGCCUUACCUUAAGUCUACGACUACGUCAGUCUUAAGCGCUUACGGAUAGUUGUCUGCCAUCAGCCAUAACCUAUAAAUAAUAUCUUUAAGAUAUAUUACCGAUUGAUGCCGUUUAGAUUCCAUUUUGAUAACCUCUUUUAGAUAUCUAUAAGACGUCUACUGGGUGACUAUAUUUGUUUAGCAAUUUGAUAACUCUAAGUCGACGUAUUGUCAACUGAAAAAGGAUUACCAUAUGCUGGCAAUUUGAUAUCCACUACAAGUUAUCUUAUAGUUACAUUUCGGACAUAAAUACGUUAUCCGCCAAGCGGACAUAAGUGAUACUAUUUGCCAUCCUAAAGGUAUCUUUUCUGCCAAUUAAAAAGUUAUCCGUAUCUUUUUUUAGUUAUCCUUUUCUUGACAUUUUGAUAUCAUUUUGCUACCUGGGUAGAUUAAAAUGGCCCACCCUGUAUGUACCAAACAUCGCCAAGAAUCGCCUACAGAGGGCGACUGGGGCGACCGCUCGCUCGCUCGGCUCGCUUUCUCUUUCUCUCUCUCUGUCGCGCAUGACCGCGAACAGCUUUGCCGCAUCAAUAUCAGGUGCAUACACGUCUGCGCUACUGUGUCGUAGUAGCGCGAUCAAGAUUCGUCGAUUUUCUCGACCGUAACAUGUCAAAGAUGCGGAUGAAAGCAGUGAAGUGUCCCACGGACGAGCUAAGUCUCUCCAACUGUGCAAUCAUAAACCCAGACGAUUUUCCCGAUGAUGUCAGACACAUCGAGGUAACCACAGCACCAAAUUAUCAUUUUGUAUUCACUGUGAGGACGCAUCAUGAAAUUCCACGUUGUACAGUUGGCUUCAGCCUGCCCCAGCGGAAGUGGGCGACAUUGUCUCUCAAUCAAGAGAUCGAAGUUCGGCCGUAUCACUUUGACCCAACUUCCAACACAGAAUGUUUGUGCAACAUCGUCUUGGAAGCCGAUUUUCUGCAAAAGAAAAUUGUCACCUUGGAGCCGUACAACACAGACGAAAUGGCCAAGGACUUCUUGCUACAGUUUUCAGGGCAGGCAUUCACCGUGGGUCAGCAGCUGGCAUUUCAAUUUAAAGAUAAGAAACUGCUUGGAUUAGUUGUCAAGAGUUUGGAAGCUGCCGAUCUGUCGGCCAUCAGUACGGGACAGAGUACAGUGCCUAAGAAGACGAAGAUGGGACGUUGCCUGGGCGACUCUAUAAUACAAUUCGAGAAGGCAGAGAACUCCAGCUUGAAUCUCGUUGGCCAGUCUAAGGGGAGAGCUGUCCGACAGACGAUUAUCAAUCCAGAUUGGGACUUUCAGAAAAUGGGUAUUGGUGGCUUGGACAAAGAGUUCACUGCCAUCUUUCGAAGAGCAUUUGCAUCUCGCGUUUUUCCCACGGAGAUUGUCACUCAAUUGGGCUGCAAACAUGUGAAAGGAAUCUUGUUGUAUGGACCACCUGGCACGGGCAAGACGUUAAUGGCUCGUCAAAUAGGCACAAUGUUAAAUGCGAGGGAGCCGAAAAUUGUAAAUGGCCCACAGAUUUUAGAUAAAUACGUUGGAGAGAGCGAGGCUAAUAUCAGAAGAUUGUUUGCCGAUGCGGAAGACGAGGAAAAGAGGCUUGGGCCAAACAGCGGGCUUCACAUAAUCAUAUUCGACGAGAUAGACGCCAUCUGUAAAUCUCGAGGUAGUGUCGCUGGAAACACAGGGGUUCACGAUACAGUAGUUAAUCAGCUUCUUGCAAAGAUCGAUGGUGUCGAACAAUUAAAUAACAUUCUUGUUAUUGGUAUGACCAAUAGGAAGGACAUGAUUGAUGAGGCCUUGUUAAGACCUGGCAGAUUGGAGUUACAAAUGGAAAUUAGCUUACCAGACGAACACGGACGAUACCAAAUUCUUAAUAUCCAUACAUCUCGAAUGAGAGAUUAUAAAAAAAUAGCACCUGACGUAGAUUUGAAAGAGCUGGCCACUUUGACUAAGAAUUUCAGUGGCGCAGAGUUGGAAGGUUUAGUUAGAGCGGCACAGAGCACUGCCAUGAAUCGACUAAUUAAAGCUUCCAGCAAGGUGGAAGUGGAUCCAUCCGCAAUGGAAAAGCUUAUGGUGUCCAAAGGCGAUUUCUUCCACGCAUUGGAACAUGAUGUUAAACCGGCAUUUGGUACAAGUGCUGAAACAUUGUGUCAAUUGUUGACUCGUGGGAUUAUUAAUUGGGGUAGGCCGGUGGCUGAAAUUCUCACUGACGGCAGUCUGUGCAUUCAACAAGCUCGUGCGACUGAAGGAUCUGGGCUCGUUUCUGUUCUUUUGGAAGGACCGCCGAACAGCGGAAAGACAGCGCUUGCUGCACAAAUUGCACAGAAUUCAGACUUUCCGUUUGUCAAAGUGUGUACACCUGAAGACAUGGUCGGUUUUAUUGAAUCCGCAAAAUGUCUUUCCAUACGUAAGGUAUUCGACGAUGCAUAUCGUUCACAGCUUAGCUGUAUUUUAGUUGAUAAUAUUGAACGUCUACUAGAUUACGGUCCAAUUGGACCGAGAUACUCUAAUCUGACAUUACAAGCUCUUUUGGUGCUAUUAAAGAAAUCACCGCCACCUGGUCGUAAACUGUUGAUUCUGUGUACUUCUAGUCGAAGACAAGUUUUAGAUGAUUUGGAAUUACUCCCAGCGUUUAAUACUAUCCUUCAUGUGCCUAAUUUGUCGCAUCCUGAUCAUCUAUUAAGCGUGUUGGAAGAAGUUGAUCUUUUUUCCAAACAUGAAAUGAGUUCCUUACAUGCAAAACUUCAAGGAAAACGUGUAUUCAUCGGUAUUAAGAAAUUGCUAUACCUAACAGAUAUGGCACGUCAAGUAGAACCAAAUUACAGAGUCGCAAAAUUCUUAUCGAAACUGGAGGAAGAAGGCGGUCUAGAGUAAGACGUAUAUAUUCCAUUUUGAGUUGCUUUUGGUAGUACAGAAAACGCAAAAAAUGCUCCUAAGCAUAAGUUUAUUUAAAGUUUUAGAUCGUUCAAGUUGAAGCGACUUUGAUUAGUUCCCAAAAGAAACGCAUUGUAAGCAAUUUAAAUGUAGAAAUUUAUAGCUUCUGUGUAUAAAUGAGAGAUAUAAUCAGUGAUAUCUAGAUCUCCUCUGUGUUAAAAUGAGUUGUAACAUGUAGAAGGUAGAUAACAUCAGCUUAUAUUGUGAUGCAUAUCUGACAACACGUAAUUAACUCUGUAUAUUUAAGUACAAGUACUAUAUUACUGCAGAUAUUUAAACAAGUGUUAUCAGUUUUGUAAAUUACAGAGAUAAAUUACGAAAUAUCA